AAUCUGUAUCCGAUAGUAGGGUACAUCGCGGUUCCUUUGAUUAUUAUUAUUAGCAAGUAGCAACGCAGAAUAAUAUCUACCCAAAAGCUCACUCGUGAAUGAGUUCCCCCAAAUCCCUGCCCUCUCUAUUUCUAGUUCUCAAAUUCAUCCAAUUCGUGUCUGUUAGUGAAGUAUAAUUAGGGUUAGGGUUAGGGUUCGGUGCUAAGAAUCGAGUGCCGGGGCCCAUUGGGAGCACAGUACAAUGUACUCUGACCGGGUGGAUGCAGUAACAAAGAGGUCGAUAAAGGAUAGGCUUAACGACAACAGUGCUGAUGAUUUUUCUCGCCGGAGACAAAUUUCCGGCAAGAGGCACAGAGAAGAGGAUGACAAAUGGGAGCAUGAUCUUUACGAGCCUGAUGAAGUUCCGGGAUCAAGCCAGCAAAUUGGUACUAAGGAUCUUCGUCUAAAACUCCAAAAGAAAAGUAUCCAACAAGCUGCUCAAAGUGUUAAGGGUUCCGUCUCUGGAGGUAUGAGGGAUCUGCGCGAAAAGCUCUCUGGUACUGUAUACUCGCAAACAGUUGAAAAUGUUCCCCCCAAAGCAAAGCCGAAAGUGGCUCCUGAGAUAAGCAAACCUGUCAGGAGAAGUGUCAUAGCUGAAGCUCCGGCCGUGGAGACAAAAAAAGUUGCAAGUACAGUUUCAAAGAAGAAGUCCCAACAAAAGGUGGAACCAGUGGAUAGUUUUCUACAAUCAUUAGGUCUUGAGAAGUAUGCAAUUACAUUUCAAGCUGAAGAAGUUGAUAUGGCUGCUCUUGUGCACAUGACAGAUGAAGAUCUUAAAGCUAUGGGAAUACCAAUGGGUCCGAGGAAGAAGAUAAUAUUAGCACUGGACUCUAGAGUCUGAUAAUUUUGGGUUGCAUCUUCCGUGCUGACUUGGCUUGGAUUUAUUUAUUGGUCUGCCAUCCAACAAGUCAGCAGGCUUGUGUUUUAACUGUACAAGUCUGUUUCUGAUAUUUAUUUCUUUUAAUUUUUGGGUUUUAUCAAGUCGGCGUGGUUAACAAGAGCUCGCAGUGUAUCAGUACUACAACAUUUAAUGAUGGGCUUGAGCCCUUAAGGGCAUAUAAUUUAAUGGCUUUUUGGUUGCUUGUCAUGUUAA